CAAAGCAAAACAGCUGUUUUCUGUUGAUCUGACCGGAAGCUGGGUUUAAUCAAUGAGAACCGUCGUGGGCCAUGGACUGCCCGCAAACGGAUCCGGUCUGCGAGACGAAGAAGGAAUUUAGCGUCGCGGACGUCGUCAAGCAGGAGCAGCCGCAAUUGGUGUCCGAUUUCGGUGAUUUUUACUGUGCCAGGUGCGACAAAAUUUUCGUCGACCGUACCAGAUUUCAUAUGCAUUUGGCGUCCCACACCAAAAUCUGCUGUAAAUUUUGCAAAAAGGAAUUUACCUGUAGGGCUUUGUUCGAAAAACACGAAAAAGAGUGCGAAAUCAUUUCCGAGGUUGAAAUCCUGCAGGACGGGGACGUCUUUAUCUGUCCAAAGUGCUUCAAAACGUUUGCCAUGAAGGAGCUCUGCCUUCGGCACGUUCACUUUCACAACAUUAUUUUGAGAUCGCACGCGCGGAAGAGGCUGGAACAAAAACCAGAAACUACGCAGAGUCAAUCGCUCAAGUGUUCCGAGUGUCCGAAGAAGUUUACGAGUCAACUAAAUUUUGGUCGACACGUGCAAAUGCACGCCGAUUUGCGGGCCGGAACGUACAAGUGUAAAACGUGUGGACAGCACUUUCCCUCCGACAGGGAGCUGAUUGACCACUCGUUUGUCGCGCACGGAAAGUUUCAAAUUGCGGUGCAAGCUGAACCGAAGCGUAGAAAGCAGAAGAUUCCGGCACGUAAGACCAAAUUUGUGUUGCCAAAGAAGGACAUUUUUCGGUCCAUGGCUGAAACUAGCAGCCAGAAAAAAGAAUGA